AUGCGUCUUUUGCACUACGACGAAUGUGGUGAGCUCGGGAUCGUAAGCUUCGACGAUCGCGCGACACCGCCUUAUGCGAUACUAUCACACACGUGGGGAUCAGAUGCGGAGGAGGUGACUUUCGCAGACAUCGAGGACGGCGAUGGCAAGGCCAAGCGUGGCUACGAUAAGAUUCACUACUGCGGACAACAAGCACGGCAAGAUCGCUUACAGUACUUCUGGGUUGACACCUGCUGCAUCGACAAGACAGACAAGGCUGAGCUCUCUCACGCCAUCCGAUCGAUGUUUCGCUGGUACCAGAACGCGGCGAGAUGCUAUGUGUAUCUAUCGGAUGUAUCGACAAGGAAGAGAAAAGUCGACGCCAAGCUCGGCAAGUUCACUUGGGAGGCUGCUUUUAGGGACAGCCGAUGGUUCACGCGUGGCUGGACGCUUCAAGAGCUGCUUGCUCCAAGCACUGUCGAGUUCUUCUCCCAAGAGUGGGCGAAGCUUGGUGAUAAAACAUCGCUGAAGUUGUUGACUCAUAAAAUCACCAGCAUCUCACCCGAAGCGCUUGACGGAGCCCCUCUUUCUCAGUUCAGCGUCAACGAGCGACUGCGGUGGAAAGAAGGCCGGAAAACCGAACGCGAAGAAGAUGGAGCGUACUCACUGCAAGGUAUCUUCAGUGUCGACAUAGCGCCGGUGUAUGGCGAAGGUGCAGCUGGUGCUUUCAGACGUCUGAUGAAUGAGAUUCACGAGCUAGAAAGAUGCAUUCAAGACGUACGCCACACGGACCCGCGUGACGACAAGAAGCGCAUCGAGGAGACCAAAGGCGGACUGCUAGCUGACUCCUACCGCUGGGUGCUCAACAACGCUACUUUCCAACAAUGGCGGCAGGACCCACACAGCCGACUGCUGUGGAUCAGAGGCGAUCCCGGCAAGGGCAAGACGAUGCUACUCUGUGGCAUUAUCGACGAGCUGAAGAAGUCGACGAAUGAUGUGUCCUUCUUCUACUGUCAAGGUACCGACUCCCGCUUAAACAGCGCCACCGCGGUGUUGCGCGGCUUGAUCUACCUGCUCGUUAAGCAGCAACCGCGGCUGACAUCUCACUUGCGGAAGAGAUACGAUCAAGCAGGCGCUUCUCUCUUCCAAGACGCCAACGCCUGGGUAGCGUUAUCCGAAAUCUUCACAUGCAUAGUGCAGGAUGAGGACCUGAAGUCAAGCUGUCUAGUUGUUGAUGCUCUCGAUGAAUGCGCGAUAGACCUGCCCAAGUUGCUGGAGCUGAUCGUCCGUACUGCGGCGUCGUCGUCUCGUGUAAAGUGGCUUGUGUCGAGUCGGAACGAGGGUCACAUAAAGCAGAAGCUCAGGUCAGUUGGCGACACGGCGAAGCUGAGCCUGGAACUGAAGCAGAAUGCGGAGCAGGUGGCUCGAGCAGUGGAUGCAUACAUCGAUCAGAAGCUGUCUAGCCUCGAGUCGCUCGAAGAGGAUGAUUUGCGAGAGCAAGUGCGAGAUAAGCUGCGCUGCAAGGCGAACGGCACCUUUCUAUGGGUUGCUUUGAUGAUGCAAGAGCUUGAGAAGCCAGAAAGCUGGGACCCUCUCGCGGUAGUAGAAGAAGCGCCAGCGGGCCUGCCCCAGCUAUAUGAUCGCAUGACGGACCAGAUCCGGCAGUUGUCGCCAAGGAAUACGGACAUCUGUCAGUCUUUGCUCUGCACUGCAGCAAUCGCAUACCGCCCGCUCUACCUUGCUGAGAUGGGCAGCUUGCGCGGCUUAUCAUGUCGGGCGACAGCCUUGGCGGACACUGCGAGGAAGAUUGUAGCGAUGUGUGGCUCAUUCCUAACGAUUCGUGAGGAGCAAGUCUACCUCGUUCACCAGUCAGCCAAGGACUAUCUAAGCGAUAAGAUGCGAGCUGCAGCGCUUCCUUCUGAGAACAAGAUGCACUAUGACCUAUUCAUUCGGUCGCUUGAGCUCAUGUCUACCACACUAAAACGUGAUAUGUAUAGCCUUGGUAAGCUAGGCAUCUCGAUUGAUGAGGCUGAACUACCCAAUCCUGAUCCGCUGGCGACUGUGCGCUACUCGUGCGUUUACUGGAUCGACCAUCUGUACGACUCGAAGCCCAUGUCUUGGGGAGAUAGUGUAAGUGGUUUAAAAGUCGCAGGUGCCGUUAAUGAGUUCAUAAAGCAGAAGUAUCUCUACUGGCUAGAAGGGCUCAGUUUGUGCAGAAGCAUGGGGAAAGGGGUGAUUUCGAUGACAAAGCUAUGCUCUCUAGCUUAG